AUGCUCCACGCUGUCGCCUUGCGGGUGGCGGUCGCGCUGAUAGGCCAUGCUCCUGCGAUGUACUCUCAUUCUCGCGACGCGAACCCUAUGGCGCUUGCGAGGGAGAGCUUCAAGGGCCUUCACGCGGCACGCAGCAUGGACGCAAAAUUUGGCACGCUCGCCAACGCAACCAUGCGGAUGACGACCGCAGAGGCACAGCUUUGGUUCUCAUUGCUGAACCAAUCGUCGACUUAUCUGGAGUGGGGUACAGGCGGCUCCACAGUGAUGGCGGCAUGGCGUGCGACUCUCACACACCUAGAGCCACUGAAGGUCGACGCAAUCGAUAGCAGCCAGGGCUGGUUUGACGUCCUUCGGAGUCAUUCACCUAUCCGUGAUGCUGAGGCUGCAGGCUCUCUGACGUUUCAUCUUGGCAACAUCGGAGAGACUAUCAUGUGGGGGAACCCCAAAGACUGGAGUAAGCGCAGUGCUGCCUUGCGUGAGAAGCAAUCACGCUCGUACAUCCAGUCUAUCCCGACCUCGCGCUGCUGCUACGACCUCAUCUUGGUAGAUGGCCGCUUUCGAGAGGCGUGCGCGCUCUAUGCCUUGCGCUUGAUGCACAAUCGCACCACCGUGCUCAUACACGACAGCUCUAGGCACACCAAUCAUGAGGCGAUCCUGAACUAUUAUCACGUCGUGACGGUGCGCGACACUCUGGCUGUUUUGCGACCAAAGCACGGCGCCGUCGCGCGUGCAAAGUCUGGCAGCGACGGUGUCUACAACGCGCUGUUCACCAAGUUGAUGAACGUAUUCGCUCGGCGAUCUUAG